GCGGGAGCGGGGGCAGAAGCGAGCAGGCGGGCGGGCGGAAAACGCUUCGCCGCAUCGGCGAGCUGAGAGGUGGUGCUGGCGGCGGCGGCGGCACAGAUGGCUCCUGCAGGCGGCGGCGGCGGCGGCGGCGGCUCGGCGGCGAGGAAGAUGGCGCCGUCGCACGUCCUGAAGUGCUGCCAGAAGGUGCUGGCGUGGGUGCCCGUGGCCUUCAUUGCCUUGGUCGUUGCCUGGUCCUAUUACGCCUACGUAGUGGAGCUGUGUGUGUUUACAAUUACCUCAACUGGAGAAAAAGUUGUCUACCUUGUGAUUUUUCAUCUGUCGUUUGUCAUGUUUGUGUGGUCCUAUUGGAAGACUAUUUUUACAUCACCUGCCUCCCCUUCCAAUGAGUUCUGUUUGUCUAAAACGGAUAAGGAACAAUAUGAAAAAGAAGAGAGACCAGAAUCCCAGCAGGAAAUUCUGAGAAGAGCUGCUAAAGACUUGCCUGUUUAUACUACCACAACAUCAAGAGCCAUAAGAUACUGCGACCGAUGCCAAUUAAUCAAGCCUGAUCGAUGUCACCACUGCUCUGCCUGUGACCUAUGUGUACUAAAAAUGGAUCAUCAUUGUCCUUGGGUGAAUAACUGCGUGGGAUUUUCUAACUACAAGUUUUUCCUCCUGUUUUUAUUUUAUUCCCUCCUGUAUUGUCUAUUUGUUGCCGCUACAGUUCUUCAGUAUUUCAUAAAGUUUUGGACAGAAGGUUAAAGAACUGGGAUUUACAGAAACUUCUUCCUCAUUUCUACAUGUCAAUGCAUUUGAUCACGGACAAUGAGAAAAUAUCCACAGCAGUGUUCUUACCACUAAUUUUGUAUGUCUAACCUUUCAAAUGUCAAGAGAAUGUUGGUCUGCUUUCAUUUUCUAGGCAUUUGUGGCAUCUCCAUUUUCUUAUGAGGCCAGUCAUUUCUAUCACUUUUAAUUCAUAAGAACUUUUAUAAAGUACAACUCUAUACAACUGAGGAAGGUAUUUUAGUGGUGUCAGUGUAUCUGAAUCUAUUUCUCUUUUAAUUUUUAUUUAUUGAAAUUGAAGUAAAAGCAGCUAAGGCACAAUCCAGCCAUUUUAACAAUUUCUGUGGGACAGAAUAAUGCAGAUGUUUAAUUUCUGAUAUGAAAUUAAUAGGGCUUAAAAUCCAGCUUUGGCUUGUGUCCACAGUUCUGCUUUUGAUAAAUUUGGAAACAGAAAUGAUGAAACUUUCUGAUGCAAUUGAUGCAGCUUACUCAAAUGUGACAAACUGCUCUUUUCGGUUGAUCUGGUCACUAUAGGGAAAAAUCUAGACAGUUUAACAGUUUAUACAGCUAUAAAGAUUGGUAUAGAAAUACACCUAUUAUAAAGGAGGAAAUCUAUCUCUGGGCUACUAUUAAUAGUAGACAAUUCUAAGAUUAUUUCUUAUGAUAAUAUAUUGGUCAUAUAGCUGUGAAGUACCAGUAAUGAUUAAUCUAAAGGUUUAUUCUCUAGAAUUAUUCUUUAGGGAGUGUCUCACUUCUUUCUGUUUGUGCAUCUGUGUCACUCCUGUGCCGUGUUUUCCUCUUUUUUUCAGGAGGUGACUAGCUAUUCUUAAUUGCUUCAGUUUGUAAGAUAUGUGAGUUUUGACUCAAUAACUUAUUUGCCAGUCAAAAAGUAUUAAACUUUUGCAACUUAAGUAAUUUUGAGAAUGGGUUAGGGAACGUGAGUCUCUUGAUAAUGGUACUAAUCUACUCCCAUUCGCUGUAACCAAGUUAGCCAGUGAUUUGAGAUGAUGGGAGUUGUAAUUCAAUAACAUCUGGACAGAUUUAGUUUCCCCACCCCUGCUUAAAAACAUGAGGAUGUCUGUUGUUUCUUGGAUCUACUGAACAGAAUUUAGGCUAAGAUUUUUGAUGCAGUAUUUUAAUCUAAAGUAUAAAAUAAUUUAAAAUGUAUGUGAUAACAUUGGCCACCCAUACCUGCCAUAACAUUUCAUAUUAAGAACUAAAUAUUUCACAACUAUGGUGUUCUCCUCCAAAUGAUUCAUUCAAAGGAAUGUGCGAUAGUAGCCAGAUAACCAUACAAUCAAAAUAUUCUGUUUUAUAGAUGGGUAACACACUUCAACAAAAACUUGGCAUCACUAUAGAUAUUCCAGGAGUUUUCUUGAUUCUGUACAUAACAAUUUGGCAACAAGAUAGAUCUUGAAAUUAGAGAGCAGUGGAUAAAGCUCUUAAUUUUAAUGAUGUGUCCUGAAUCCACACCAUUAAAAUGACAACUCUCCAGCCUCAUUCUGCAAACACAAAUUCACCUUUACAUGUCCAUUCAGUGAACGUAGAGUAAGGCCUCUUGCCAUUGAAUGCUGCACGUUUUAGACCUAGUGCACGCAAAACCCAUUGAUUUUCUAAUACCGUUUUUUUACUGUUUCUGAACACCAGCAUCAAAGGGAUAUAGCUAUUUAAUAAACUGUCUUUAUUUGCACAAAGCUUUGCCGCAGGAAAUCUGCUGAGAAUUGUCCAAAGGUAAAAUGCAAUUUAAACUGAAGUCUAUUCUAGUGCCUUUUGUACAUUAAUUUCUGAUAGUGGGUCACAAGAUUAUAAUAUAUUUCUAUAAUAAAUUAAAAUGUAUUUACUUAAUUAAAAUAUUGUAAAGAACCUAAGGCAGAAAUCAGUGCUCUUAAGUGUGUUGGAUAUACUGACAGAAAAUCAAAUGGAUAAUAUCUAGGAUGAAAUUAUUUCAUUUCCCUUUUCAAUAUUAAAGGAGAUCUUUUGAAAAAGAUUGAUUUUCGAACUUGUAACUAAAAUAUUUAAUGAUUUUUAAAAUAAUUUUACAAUAUAUGUAAAAAGUUAAACUAGAUUAAAAACAUAGGCCUUUUGUCUCACCAAGUGACACUUGAACUCAAUAUAAAUAUUUUGAAAAAUCAUAAAACUCCCUAUAAUAUUUGCCUCUUUACAGAGACUUAAAAUUCCCUGAAGUAUAACUGUAUGGAAAUCAUUUGAGGCAGUGUCUUGUUUUUAUACUUUAAGCUUUAAAAAUAUUGGUGGCAAACUUGGGUGCUUUAUCUUCUCAGAAAGGAGCGGGGAG